UUCGGCUCUGGGAUGGGAAACGGGGAGUGGGUACAGGCUCCGACCUGACCUGGCCCCCUCAUUCCCUUUAUCACUACGACUACCAACCUCCUUAUUGGUUCAUUCACCGCCGACCUCUUCCUCUCCUUUCUCUUUUUUCUUCACCCUUUCUUUUCCAGUUUUAACGGCAUCUUACGUUACGUUAUGGUUACGUACGUUAUGGGUUUUACCUUCCUUCUUGUUGUUGCCUACCCUCUCUCACGAAGGGAAAAGGGGUGGAGUAAUGCACCCGCUCGCCCACUCGCGCCUUGCUAUGAUGGGCUGGGCGGGGUUUUAUUGUGUAGACUUAAUAUUCGAUGGCGCCGCCUGGCGUGGCUGUUGGGGCGUGUGGAAUUGGUGUGGUUUAUUACUUAUUUUUUGGGGUGUGGGGUGUGUGUGUGUAUGUGCGUGUGUGUAUGUGUGGAAGGGGCCGGGAUGGGGGUGGAUGGGAGUUGAAAGGGUUGUUGUAUACAUACGCCUUGGCUUGCUUGCUUGGGAUUGUUGCCUACUUUGUUUUGAUGGUUUGUGGUAUAUAGCGGAAUUGAUGAGUUCGAAGCGUGUGUUUUACCAAUUUGUGGUUUUUACAGGGGCCGUUAUGGUUCUGUUUAUGACGGUGACUGUGACUCCCGGUCUUGCGGAGGGGAGUUUUGCGUGGGAUAAUGGUUCCUCUGGUGACAUCCCCUCGAGUGUCGACAUUUCCUCUACUUGGUAGUAACAACCAAUUCCUCUGGCGAGGGCAUCCCCCCUAGUGAUAACGAGCCUCGAGUGGGAACGCCUUCUUCCAAUGGCACCGCCCGCUUGGGCCGGCCGCUGCCGCAAUAGCAACAACUUCUCGGCAAUGGUUAGGAACACCAUCGAGUAACAACAACAGCCAG